GGAGGAAUUGGUGUGUUGAAAUAAAGGGAGGAGGAAAGUGGGGGGGCGGUCAGAUUUAAUCUUGAAACAGUAGAAUGUAAAAACUAGCUGUUCAGUGACAGAAAGAAGCAGCUGGGUAUUGGGUAUAAGGCAGGCCUAUAUAAAAAGUUUCUCUAUGAGACGGUAAAAGAAAGAGAGACUAACGGACAGAUCCUCAUAACCUAACCGUGUCCAUCUGGUCACUUCGGGGGAAAUAUUUUUUUUUCAUCUUCUAUCCUGAUCGAAUCAAUAUCGGUCUUCUGAAACCUCUCUGAUGGAAUCAAUCAACAAGAGCACCUUCAUUCACAACAAGAAUGCAACCAUACCUGAAGAUAAGAGCAUCGUAGGUAACAUCCCUGCUACCUUUGGUGCCCUCAUCCUCAGCAUCGUCUUCCUCUUGGGAGUUCCUGGCAACCUCUUUAUUAUCUGGAGCAUCCUGGCACGUGCCCGCAAGCGAUCCGUCACCACCCUGCUCAUUCUUCACCUGGCCUUUGCGGAUGGUUUUCUGAUGUGUCUGACUAUUUUCUUUAUUAUAUACCUGGCCCAAAAGAAAUGGAUAUUUGGAGCCGUCAUGUGCAAAGUGCUCUUCUACUUGUGUAAUACGAACAUGUACGCUUCUAUUAUGAUCAUUAUGCUGAUGAGUCUGCACAGAUUUGUAGCAGUGGUGUAUCCUGGAUACUUGAGAGCUUGCACUCGAAGGAGGACAGUAUUGCUUUUGCUCGGAGGUCUGUGGAUUGUCGUCUUUCUUUUGGCACUCCCAGCUUUGAUAUUCAGAGCAGAAAAAACUGAGAUAAAUUACAAUGGGAAAAAUCGCACCGUGUGUGCAACCGAUCACACGCAAUCACGUCAUGCGGUUUUCCAAUACACCCUUGAGACAAUGGUGGGCUUCUUGGUACCUUAUGCUGUAAUAGUCUUCAGUUAUGUUUGUAUCCUCCGCCGCCUCAGAGAGACCAAAUUCAAGAGGAGGAUUCGAAGCGAGAACCUUAUUCAAGCCAUUAUUGUGACAUUCUGCAUUUUCUGGCUGCCCUAUCAUUUUAUUAAUACAUUGCAGGUGGUUGCAGCACUUACACCAGAGGGCUCGCUGGCCAAAAAUAAACUGGAUAAAAUCUGGCAGUCAGGGCGCACCGUUACCUCUGCUCUGGCUUUUAUCAGUAGUUGUGCCAACCCCAUCCUCUACACCUUUGCUGGGCGCUCCUAUAUUAAAGCUGAUGGACUGGCAUUCAUGGCUAGACUGUUUGAAGGCACCGUGCUCGACUACAAUUCACGGAGAAUAGACACAUUAUCACCCUCUACAACUGAUAGUCCAUUAGCACUGGGGCACAGAAAAAACACUGGAACUUAAAUUGUAUUUGAAAAACA